ACACAGAUAUAUAAUAUCAUCCCGCGCUUGUGAGUUGUGACUUGUUGUGACGACGCAUUAGGCUUUACCGGACUCCGGACGCAUAACGAGAGGAAAACAAAUCAGAGGAAUUCGACGAGGGCACCAGCCACCAGCACCACCAUGGCGGCCGCCUCCACCGCCACCGCCGCCUCGCACUCAGCCUCCUUCCCCGCGGCCUCCCUCCGCCACGACGCGCGCAGGCCCUCCUGCGUAGCCCCCGCCGCCGCCGCGGCGACGACGGCCGCUGAGACGGGGCUCACGGCCGUCCCGGCGCCGCCGCCGACGCCGAUGUUGCGGGUGGUGCCGGAGUCGCUGCAGCGGGACAGCGGGUGCCUCGUGGCGGGCUUCCGGGAGCGCGGCGCGGGCGCGGCGGAUGGGGAAGGGUUCGGGGACGCCGUGGGGGAAGGAGGAGGCCCCGGUGCGAUGGAGUACCUCACCAGCGUGCUGUCGUCCAAGGUGUACGAUGUGGCAAUCGAGUCGCCGCUGCAGCUCGCCACCAAGCUCUCCGAUCGCCUUGGGGUCAACCUCUGGAUCAAGCGCGAGGACCUGCAGCCGGUAUUCUCGUUCAAGUUGCGGGGAGCAUACAACAUGAUGGCAAAGCUCUCCCGUGAGCAGUUAGAGAGGGGUGUCAUCUGCUCCUCUGCUGGAAAUCAUGCCCAGGGCGUUGCUCUUUCCGCUCAGAGACUGGGAUGUGAUGCUGUCAUCGUCAUGCCCGUGACAACACCAGAAAUCAAGUGGAAAUCAGUGGAGAGGUUGGGUGCAACAGUGGUCCUUGAGGGGGACUCAUAUGAUGAAGCUCAGUCAUAUGCAAAAUUGCGUUGCCAGCAGGAAGGCCGCACAUUUGUACCUCCUUUUGACCAUCCUGAUGUCAUCACUGGACAAGGAACUAUCGGCAUGGAAAUUGUUAGGCAGCUGCAAGGUCCACUGCAUGCAAUAUUUGUACCUGUUGGAGGUGGUGGAUUAAUUGCUGGAAUUGCUGCCUAUGUAAAACGGGUUCGCCCAGAGGUGAAAAUAAUUGGAGUGGAACCCUCAGAUGCAAAUGCAAUGGCAUUAUCCUUGUGUCAUGGUAAGAGGGUCAUGUUGGAGCAUGUUGGUGGGUUUGCUGAUGGUGUAGCUGUCAAAGCUGUUGGGGAAGAAACAUUUCGCCUGUGCAGAGAGCUAGUAGAUGGCAUUGUUAUGGUCAGUCGAGAUGCUAUUUGUGCUUCAAUAAAGGAUAUGUUUGAGGAGAAAAGAAGUAUCCUUGAACCUGCUGGUGCCCUUGCAUUGGCUGGGGCUGAAGCCUACUGCAAAUACUAUAACUUGAAAGGAGAAACUGUGGUUGCAAUAACUAGUGGGGCAAAUAUGAACUUUGAUCGACUUAGACUAGUAACCGAGCUAGCUGAUGUUGGCCGAAAACGGGAAGCAGUGUUAGCUACAUUUCUGCCAGAGCGGCAGGGAAGCUUCAAAAAAUUCACAGAAUUGGUUGGCAGGAUGAAUAUUACUGAAUUCAAAUACAGAUACGAUUCUAAUGCAAAAGAUGCCCUUGUUCUUUACAGUGUUGGCAUCUACACUGACAAUGAGCUUGGAGCAAUGAUGGAUCGCAUGGAAUCUGCGAAACUGAGGACUGUUAACCUUACUGACAAUGAUUUGGCAAAGGACCACCUUAGAUACUUUAUUGGAGGAAGAUCAGAAAUAAAAGAUGAACUGGUUUACCGGUUCAUUUUCCCGGAAAGGCCUGGGGCCCUUAUGAAAUUUUUGGACACGUUUAGUCCUCGUUGGAACAUCAGCCUUUUCCAUUACCGUGCACAGGGUGAAGCUGGAGCAAAUGUAUUAGUUGGUAUACAAGUGCCGCCAGCAGAAUUUGAUGAAUUCAAGAGUCAUGCCAACAAUCUUGGGUACGAGUACAUGUCAGAGCACAACAAUGAGAUAUACCGGUUGCUGUUGCGUGACCCAAAGGUCUAAUGUAUAUGCCUUUGCUCCCAUAAUAAGUUGGUGACACUUUUCAAGGAAGAUUUUGCUCCAAGGUAGAAGUUGCGAGUUUCUUCAAGUUGAAAUGAAGCCAUCACCAAAUGUAGCUUCGGUGUGCCAUCUGUUUACUCAGUUAGAUCAUGUAGUGUAUCAGUUGUGUAUCUUUGUUGUUGUGCUUCGUGAUCUCAAUUUAUUGCUUUGUGCACCUAGAGGUUGUCAAAUAAUGAUAACCGAUAUGUUAUCUAAAUAUCUAAUAAUGAUUAUGUGAUUGUGAUUUGGGCCGCAUCACUGCUGUAAAGUGUAAACCCUUGUCUCUGCAACAUGAGUUAUCAACAAAUUUAAGAUUUGAAUGUUCUUUCUUUGAA